GAAUUCGGUCAUACGUCGCUACGGGUCCUCCGGCGUGGCUGUUUGAGCUCUUUGUCAAUGAAAGUCGACUCCUCUAACCAUCCUGCUGGUAGUUCUGUUUGUUGAGUUGGCCAUGUGAUGGCGUUGAGGGUUGUUUGAGUUAUUUUGGCAAUGUGGUUGCUUGUUGAUCAAUUGCCAUCUCUGUUUGUUUGUUGUAGAAUUUGAACCUUUAUCUUAAUGCAAUUUGAAGAUAAAAAAAAAAUCGAAACAAAUCUUAAAAACUACUGUACUUGGUUUAUUGAUUGGUGGUGAUUGGCAUGAGACACAUGUUGACUAUUGUUUUCUUGUCUGGCUUCGCCGGAUUUAUGGAAAGCCCUGUGAUUACCAACGUUACCGUCGCCGCCGUUUGCUCUUCACCAGACGACUCAUGUUCUCUAGCGGUCUACCUCACCGGUUUCCAACAAGUGGCAAUAGGGUUGGGAACGAUGGUGUUGAUGCCAGUAAUUGGGAAUCUAUCAGACAGAUAUGGAGUUAAAGCAGUUCUCACUUUACCCAUGUGUCUCUCAAUCCUUCCGCCUGAUUAAUAGCAGAUAUCCAGCCGCUUCUCUGCAUCAGGCGAUUGAUAUGGCGAUCUUCUCAACCUUUGAUUCCUCGACGCCUUGCUUCUGAUCGACGAUCUCGGCAUCACUGCAAAGGAGACUACCACACUCCUUGCAAUCCAAUGGACGUUUCUUUGGAAGAUCACGAUUCCCUUGACGAUCACGGUAACUCUUACGGUUCCGUAGAGACAACUCUGUUACAGCCUCAAGAGACGACUCUGUUUCGCGGCUGCUCUGCUUAUCUCGGGUUCGCAUCAAGAGACAACUCUUACGGUUGUUGGAUCGGUUUUCCUUUUGAAAACGACACUCUCUCGGAUCAUCACCAUCGGAUAGAUUGUCUGGUUUGUAAACGGCACGCUCUGGUUUUGUUGAUUGCAGACAACGCUUGAUUGUUUGUUUUGUACGGAGGAGUCACGACCAUUGAGACUUUCUUAUGGGGUCUAUGGGUCGUCUUAAGUCUGCUCAUAUGGCAGAUUUAAAGGGUAAAGGUAUCAUGGUAGAGGACGAUGACAGUCCGAUCAAGCUAACGAAUCAGGAGGAUUCAAACGUUAUGAAGGAACAUCGCAUGUCUUUAAUAGGCAAGGUUCUUGUCCCAAAGAAACAAACUGUUGUGAAGCUUUUACAAAUAAUGCCGGGACAGUGGGGCCUUCAGGAUCGGAUCACUGCCAAUGAUUUAGGAAAUGGGAAGUUUCUUUUUAACUUCGCCAAUGAAGAUGAUCUCCAAUACGUCUUGAGUCAAGGACCCUUCCAUUACAGCUUCUUUAUGUUCGUAUUGGUCAGAUGAGAACCUAUUGUUCAUGACGAUUACCCUUGGGUUAUCCCAUUUUGGGUACAGUUCAUUGGUAUCCCACUUCACCUCUGGACAGUUCAGAACUUGAAGAAGAUUGGUGGUCGUUUGGGUCAUGUUCAUGAGGACAAGAUUGAGCUUUUGGAAGGAAGGAUGUUUAUUGAAGUUGACUCUAGGAGACCAUUAAAAUUCAAGAGACAGGUAGAGUCACCUGAAGGAGAUGAGGUGACCAUUGAGAUUAAGUACGAGAUGUUGUUUAAACAUUGCUCCACUUGUGGGUUAAUGACACACGAGAAGGGUCAUUGCCUUACUCUAGAUGAUCGAAACAACUCACAGACGAAGAGUGGUGAUGUGUUUUCACGUGUUCAGUUACCUCCAACUAUGGUCAAUCAACAAGGCCCCGUACGGAUCUUACCUCACAAGACAGUGAGGGAGAAUGAACGCAAUGAUGGUGUAAGAAGGGAUGAAGAUCGCAAGUAUGUACGCAAUGAUAAUGCGUCUGCUGCUUACUAUCCACGAAACAGGGGAGAAUGGGACUUUGACCACAGAGACAGGAUUAUACGGGGAAGGGACGAACAUAAACGGAGUCGUUAUGGUGGGUCUCGUUAUGGUAGCGAGCCUUAUGCUCGUCAACCAGAUCGCGUAUGGCGAGAGAAGCCGAGAAACGAGGGUCGGGAUGGAACAGAGAGAGCGGGCAGAGAGAGAGGUCCUUCUAAUCUGACAAGGGAUGCCAUUGUUCCAUAUGAACAAACAUCAAGCUCAAUGGAGAUCUCUAGACCGACUGCUAGACCAACUGAAGCUGCUGUUCCUAGCUUGGUUGCUAACCGGCCUACGGCACAAAUGGAGAAAGGUGGAAAACGUAAACGUCUAGCAAGUGCAAUUGUAACUCCUUCUGGGUUGCAUCUGCCUUUUGAAGAGAAUGUUACUAUCCGCGAGAAGUGCACACCAAGAUUGUUAACCUUCUCACCUUCUAGCCUACAAGUCGAGGCAAAUGGAUUUGAGAAUGAACAGAUGAUAGAUGCGCUGUGGGAUAUGGAGAUGGUAGAUCAGAAUACUGAUGAUGGCAUACUGGAGCAGGAGAUACAAGACGGCGAUAUAUUGGGAGAGGAUCUGAAUGCUAUGGAGGACGUACAACAUUAUACUGCGGCAUCUUCUUCUACUAAUGUGGAGCGUAGAGAAACGACCAUGAAAGCCAGUACUAAAAUGAGUGUUCCUUUGGGCAUUCAAACAAAGAAAGCGGAGUUCCUUCGUCGAGGAUCUCCAAAACCACGAUCUGCAAAGCCAACUGGGCCAGCUGAUUCUGCAAGGAUAUAUCAUCGUCGGAAUAGCUCCAAGAAAGGAAAAACAAUUGAUAACAAAAGUGAUGGUUUGAUGGGUUCCAAAAAUCCAUCCAAACCUCAUCAAUGAAGACAAUCAGUUGGAACUGUCGAGGGAUUGGGAACGACCUCACAGUUCGACGCCUUACGGAGAUGUGUUAGAAGCAUCGCCCAGGACUUGUGUUCCUUUCUGAAACGAAGAAUAAAAGGCUGCAGUUGCAAACAUCCAGACCGAUUUAGGAUUUGAUCGUUUGUUUACCGUUGAGCCACUUGGUCUCAGCGGAGGUUUAGCUCUUUUAUUUAUGGAUGAAUUUCAAGUUAAUGUUUUAUUUUCAAAUAACAGAAUGAUUGACAUUGAGGCAGUCAUUGAUGGAACAAAUGUCUUUAUGACGUUUGUUUAUGGGGAUCCUGUACUUGAAAGAAGAGAUCUAGUUUGGGAACGUCUUACGCGUUUUGCAACAACACGAACUGGACCUUGGUUUAUGAUAGGAGAUUUCAAUGAGAUCACUGGUCAUAAUGAGAAAGAAAGAGGUAGACAACGUACUGAUAGCUCAUUUCUACCUUUUAAACAAAUGUUGAGUGAUUGUGGGAUGCUAGAAUUUUCAUACACUGGAAACAUGCUAUCAUGGGUUGGUAAGAGAGCAGGGAGAGUUACUGUUAGAUGUCGUCUGGACAGAGCAGUAGGAAAUGCCGACUGGCACGAAAAGUUUCCUCAUUCGAAGAUAAAGUACAUGAGGUUAUGGGGUUCGGACCAUCGUCCGAUUCUUGCUGAUAUACUCAUAAAACCAUCCAGGAGAUCGAAGAAAUUUAAGUUUGACAAAAGAUGGCUGGACAAUGAGGAGCUGAGACAAGUUAUUUUGGAGGGAUGGAAAUCUCCUGAUCUUCUUCCCAAUGCUUCUAUAAUGGAACAUAUUUCUAGUUGUAGAAAAGCAUUGAGCGAGUGGAGAAGACAAAAUAAUAUAAACUCUGCAAAAUUGGUGGAAGAGCUUAAAGAAAAAGUGGAAGGGCUAUAUGCAGAUGAUAAUGCCACAACUGAAGAGAUUGCAGCAGCUUUGAAGGAGCUUUCUGAUGCUCUUAAGGCAGAAGAAAUGUUCUGGAAACAAAAGAGUCGUGUAUUUUGGUUAAGGGAAGGAGAUCGCAACACAAAAUUUUUUCACGCCUUAACAAAACAAAGGAGAGCAAGAAACAAGAUCACACAACUUCUAGGCGAAGAUGGAAAUAUUGUGGAAGAUGAAGAAGGAUUAGUAGCCAUUGCUACUAGCUAUUUCAGACAAAUCUUUGAAUCUUCUAAUCCACAGGAUAUUGAAGAAGCUCUAUCCGAAGUCCCUACGACGAUCACAGAGCCAAUGAACGAAAGUCUUACAGCACCGGUAACAGAGUGGGAGAUUAAAUUAGCACUUUUUGCUAUGCAUCCAGAAAAAGCUCCGGGGCCAGAUGGGAUGACUGCACUAUUUUAUCAGAAGUUUUGGGAUAUAGUCAAGGAUGAUUUAACUCUUAUGGUUAAUAAGUUCCUUACUGAAGGGAUAAUGCCCGAUGAACUGAAUGAGACAAAUAUUUGUCUUAUCCCAAAGACAACAAAACCCAAUGAAAUGACACAAUUUCGGCCUAUCAGUUUGUGCAACGUAAGUUACAAGAUUAUCUCUAAGGUCCUAUGCCAGAGACUUAAAAAAGUGCUUCCAGGAUUGAUAUCGGAAACCCAGUCAGCCUUUGUUGUUGGAAGACAGAUUUCUGAUAAUAUUAUGAUCGCUCAAGAGAUGUUCCAUGCGCUCAGGACUAAGCCAGGUGGACGCAACAAAAGAAUGGCUAUUAAAACAGAUAUAAGCAAAGCCUAUGAUAGGAUGGAAUGGUCAUUUAUUGAAGCUGUGAUGAGAAAGAUGGGUUUCUCAGAGACAUGAAUCACAUGGAUAAUGUGAUGAAUUACCUCGGUACAAUACAAAGUCCUCAUGAAUGGGCAACCAAGAGGAAAUAUUAUUCCAGGAAGAGGCCUACGCCAAGGAGAUCCUUUAUCUCCUUUCAUUUUUAUUCUAUGCACGGAAGCGCUCGUUAGCCUUCUCAAUCAUGCAGAGAACCAGGGAAAGAUAACGGGGAUGCGCGUUACCCGCGUGUGUCCAUCGGUAUCCCACCUAUUAUUUGCUGAUGAUAGCCUUUUCUUCUGUAAGGCGGAGCCCCGUGAAUGUGAAGAAGUAAUGAAAGUGACCAGGACCUAUGGUAAGGCCUCAGGACAAUGCAUUAACUUUGAUAAAUCCUCCUUACUCUUUGGUAAGAGGAUCAAUGCAACCACGAGACAAUAGAUUAAAGAUGUACUUGGGAUACAAAAUGAUGGCGGGAUGGGGACUUACUUGGGUAUCCCAGAAGACAUUAGUGGUUCAAAAUGCAAGCUCUUUGCUUUCCUAAAAGAAAAACUGAUGCAUAGAGUGAAUGGCUGGACAUGUCGUUGGCUCUCGAAAGGGGGAAAAGAGGUGCUGAUUAAGUCCAUUUUGCUAGCUCUCCCGACGUAUGUUAUGUCUACUUUCCUGCUCCCUUUGGAGAUAUGUGAAAACCUUGCUAGUGCUAUUGCCCAAUUCUGGUGGAGCUCAAAUCCCCCAAAAAGAGGAAUACACUGGUCGAAAUGGGAGAAAGUCUGCCUACCAAGAGAAGAAGGAGAGAUUGGAUUUCGUAUGAUCCAUGAGUUCAAUUUGGCAUUACUGGCAAAACAAUUAUGGAGGCUAACACAAAACCCGGAUUCGCUGGUCGCCCGUGUCUUAAGAGGAAUGUAUUAUAGAUUAAGCUCGCCUUUGUGAGUAAACUCUGUAAACAGUCCUUCUUAUGUGUGGACUAGUAUCUCCGCUGCGAGGGAGCUUUUGUUGCUGGGGAUAAGGCAGAAAAUACACUCUGGUUAUGAGGUGAAGGUAUGGGAGGAUCCUUGGAUUCCUAUGAAUCCUGCUAGGCCAGCUAUACCUAUAGCUCCAGUUAUGAAUUCAAAUAUGAGAGUGAGUGAUCUUAUUGAUCAGGAGCUGAAGGAAUGGGAUGUUGAUUUACUGGAACAAUAUGUCAGCCCUGCUGAUGUACCCUUUAUAAGGAGUUUAGCCAUAAGCACAACUCACAGGCCUGACACCUUUUGGCUGACA